AUGGGUGUCCUUGAACAGCUCUCCCGCAAGUCCGGUGUCAUCGUUGGUGAUGACGUUCUCCGUCUCUUCAACUACGCUAAGGAGAAGGGCUUUGCUAUCCCCGCCAUUAACGUGACUUCCUCCUCCACCGUCGUCUCUUGCCUUGAGGCUGCUCGCGACCAGAAGUGCCCCAUCGUCCUCCAGGUCUCCCAGGGUGGUGCUGCCUACUUCGCUGGCAAGGGUGUCAGCAACGAUGGCCAGAAGGCCUCCAUUGCCGGUGGUAUCGCCGCUGCCCACUACAUCCGCAGCAUUGCUCCCACCUACGGCGUCCCCGUCGUCCUCCACACCGACCACUGCGCCAAGAAGCUCCUUCCCUGGCUCGAUGGUCUCCUCGACGCGGAUGAGGAGUACUUCAAGCUCCACGGCGAGCCCCUCUUCUCCAGCCACAUGAUCGACCUGUCUGAGGAGCCCGUCGACUACAACAUCCAGACCACCGCCGCUUACCUCAAGCGUGCUGCCCCCAUGAAGCAGUGGCUCGAGAUGGAAAUCGGUAUCACCGGUGGUGAGGAGGAUGGUGUCAACAACGAGGAUGUUGACAACAACUCCCUGUACACUCAGCCCGAGGACAUCCUUGCCAUCCACAACGCCCUUGCUCCCAUCAGCCCCUACUUCUCCAUUGCCGCUGGUUUCGGUAAUGUGCACGGUGUCUACAAGCCCGGCAACGUCCGUCUCCACCCCGAGCUUCUCCAGAAGCACCAGGCCUACGUCAAGGAGAAGACCGGCUCCUCCUCUGACAAGCCCGUCUUCUUUGUCUUCCACGGUGGCUCCGGCUCUUCCAAGGAGGAGUACAAGGAGGCUAUCAGCUACGGUGUUGUCAAGGUCAACCUUGACACUGACAUGCAGUUCGCCUACAUGUCCGGUAUCCGUGACUACAUGCUCAACAAGAAGGACUACCUCCUGACCGCUGUCGGUAACCCCGACGGUGAGGACAAGCCCAACAAGAAGUUCUUCGACCCCCGCGUCUGGGUUCGUGAGGGUGAGAAGACCAUGUCCAAGCGUGUCCAGGUUGCUCUGGAGGACUUCAACACUGCUGGCCAGCUGUAA